AAGUAAUACCAACAAUAAAAACAGUCAUUCCCAACCAAAGAGGAUGUACGGAUGUGCAUACCAAUGCUGUGCCGCAUUUUUCACAUAGCAAUGAAAUUAGCGUUAGGCCGUGGGUGUCGCAGAACCGUACAGUAACCACAAAAUUAAAAGUCACCGUAAAGCAACGUGUCACUGCUGCCGUUUUGCGGCAAACGUCGGUUACGGUCCGGCCCCAAUCCAUCCAUCCACUCUCCCUCACGGUGAAGGACGGACACGCGUGUCUGUCUGGCCCGGCUCGACCUACAUUGACGCAAAACACCACGACCCGAUGUCCGAUGUUUUCCGGUAGAUUGUGAGUGAACGAGAAACCGUGUAAGAGAGAGAAAGAGGGAGAGAGAGCAAUACCGUGUUCCUGUUUUCUGCUCCGCAAAACCUUGCCCUUAUCGUGAGGAAAGUGCCAUACAGCAGUAACAGAAUUAAUUAGAGCAAAUUAUCAUCGAUAGCAAAUUCUGCCCCAAGUAAAAAAAAUUGCCAUCCAAACUCACGGACGGGAGGGGGUUCCCACUUUCAAAGCUAAGCUAAAAUGUGCAGCGCAAAUGAAAACAACGGCGCCACCUCGCCGACGGUACUUUCGGAAAAUCCUAGCGACUACGGUAGUAACUUAAAAAUAUUGGACUGCAACGAUCAAAUCAAAGAACUGCAGACAAUCAUUCGGGACAAAAACACCACGCGGAGCGACUUCAAAUUUUAUGCCGACCGGCUUAUUAGGCUGGUGAUCGAGGAAAGCCUGAACCAGCUGCCAUACUCCGACUGUUCCGUUAUCACACCGACCGGUGCCAUCUACGAUGGGUUGCGGUAUCGCUCGGGAAACUGUGGCGUCUCCAUUAUCCGAUCCGGCGAAGCGAUGGAACAGGGUUUGCGCGAUUGCUGCCGAUCGAUACGAAUCGGUAAAAUUCUGGUAGAAUCCGAUGCCGAAACGCAUGUGGCAAAGGUGGUGUACGCACGGUUUCCGGACGAUAUCGCCCGACGGCAGGUGCUGCUAAUGUAUCCCAUUAUGGCCACAGGAAAUACAGUCAUACAGGCGGUCAGCGUAUUAAAGGACCAUGGCGUCAAAGAGAACUCGAUCAUUUUGUCGAAUCUAUUCUGUACCCCAAUAGCUGCCCGUAUGGUUGUGACAGCUUUUCCCGACCUCAAGAUUCUAACGUCCGAACUGCAUCCGGUCGCACCAAAUCAUUUCGGACAGAAGUACUUCGGCACGGAUUGAGACACAGCAUACGGUUACAAGAAGCAAGCGUUUACAAUCCUUUAUCUCAGUUUGGCCAACCUUUGCGGUGUUUCCCAGAUGCAGGAACUUGUUUUUUUAAUACGUUCUGCUAAUGAGUAGGCGCUUUGCGUAAACGAAUCGAUGAAGGAAGGGAUGGCCCGAAACACGUAUCAACGAUGUCGCACGCAACGAUGUGGUACUUAGUUCACAAAAGUUCCGGCCCGCAUGCAUGUUCAAAUACUUAAAAUGGGCAGGGAAUGUAGAUGUGCUUACCUGUUUAAUUCAACCGUUGACUGGAGACUGGAUUGGACUGGUCGGGCUCUUGUUCAAAGCAAAACAGUAGUAGGCAAGCAGGGGGCAUGGGUUGCUAGGCAGCGGAACACUCCAGACACGGCACGGUUGCUAUACAUCGGUACUGCUGUAGUAGUGCUAAGCUUUAAAGUAAUGGAAUUAAGAGAGAGCAAAAGUGAAAUCACUAUCCCGAUACUAAUCCUUAACGUUCCCUCCCCGGGUUAGGAAGAAAUACGUUAGUACUGUAAUAAGGCAUAUAAAAUUGUUCAUAAUAUACAUACUUUUUAAAGUGGAAAA